GAGAGAAUUGAGAGAGGUUUGAGAGCUCAAUGGGCAAACACAGUGUCCUGAUGUGCUAGUGCACGCUGUUUCUCUGGCAAGUUUGCAAUACCGCUGGAUUCUUUAAGUUUUGGGCAGAAGUUGCUGCUGCUGUUUGUGUGUCUUUUAGCCGCCACAGGUUCUACUUGUCCUUCUUUUACCAUCUCUCAAGUGUGCCCCAUCGCUGAGUGCCUCACAGGACGAGCAGUUUGUGGAGAAGAUCCAAGAAUCGUGUAACUUUUUCUGCUGGCCACAUCCUGUUCAAACACACCUCUCUUCUCGCAUACCCUGUUUUGUCUGUGCCAGCGGCCUGCUCGUAUUCUUCUUGCUCAACAGACUCUUACACAUUUCAGUCUCUCCCCCCCACACACACACACCUCCCCUCAUUCUGGCUCCUUUCUCUUCUUUUAGCUCUGCUCUCCUGUUCCCCGUCUCCUUUACCUGUCCACGAAGGACAGUCCUAUUUCUUUGCCAAAUUUGCCCCGCACCGUCACUGCGCUAUUCCCCCACUCUCCUAACCCCUCUGUUCCCCUAAUGGGCACCCAAUCAGACAGCAGUGCCACAUUCCCUUCAUCGUCACUGAGAUCCUCUCUCCACCCCUAACUGCCUCGCCAACGCCAACAUCAACACGACCCAAUGGAGACAAAAGAUAUGAUGAUGACGAGCAUGUUGACAAUGGAUAAAGGGGAGAAUGAGGGAGAGAGGGACAAAGGCAGACAGGAUGUGGGGGGAGGAGAGGAGGGGACACAGCAGGAAAAUGGUAGACUGAUGCUGGCUGAUGGUCUCGCAGAGAGAGGACCCAAGAGCCUGACCUCCGGCUCUGGACAACAGGUGUCCAAUGGCUUCACCACGUCUACUCCGCAAAGCCCCAGGGAGGGGCCAGGGACCGCGGCUUGCGCUGGAGGUACAGCCUCUGGGACUGGAGGAGGUGCCGGCUCCUCAGUGCCGCUGGGAGGCCUCAGGACUCUGGUGGUCCAGCAAACCAGCUUGGAGAGGCCCAGAGAAACCUGGAGCAAGAAGAUGGACUUCUUGCUCUCUGUGAUCGGCUACGCUGUGGACCUGGGAAACGUCUGGCGCUUCCCUUACAUCUGCUACCAAAAUGGAGGAGGUGCCUUUUUGCUGCCCUACCUGUUGAUGGCAGUGUUCGGAGGUGUCCCUCUCUUCUACAUGGAGCUGGCCCUCGGCCAGUUCCACCGCAGUGGCUGCAUCUCCAUCUGGAAACACAUCUGCCCCAUCUUCAAAGGGAUCGGCUUUGCCAUUUGCAUCAUAGCCCUCUACAUCGCCUUCUACUACAACACCAUCAUGGCCUGGGCUUUAUACUACCUACUAUCAUCAUUUCAGCCCACCCUGCCCUGGACCACCUGCGGCAACAGCUGGAACACCGGCAACUGUAACCGUUACAUGUCCACUGACCAUAAUGUGUCGUGGUCCAACUCCUCCACCUCCCCUGCCGAGGAGUUCUAUACUCGCCAGGUGUUGCAGGUCCACCUCUCCCCAGGUCUGCACCAGCUGGGCUCUGUCAGCUGGCAGCUGGCCCUCUGCCUGCUCUUCAUCUUUACCAUCGUCUACUUCAGCAUCUGGAAAGGAGUCAAGACGUCUGGAAAGGUAGUUUGGGUGACUGCUACCUUUCCCUACCUGGUCCUCCUGGUGUUGCUCAUCCGUGGGGCCACUUUGCCAGGGGCCUGGAGGGGCGUGGUCUUCUAUCUCAAACCUGAUUGGGAGAAAUUGCUUAGCACUACAGUGUGGAUUGAUGCAGCAGCUCAGAUCUUCUUCUCGCUGGGCCCGGGCUUCGGCGUGCUCCUUGCUUUUGCCAGCUACAACCCUUUUCACAACAACUGCUACAAAGAUGCUUUGGUCACCAGCUCUGUGAACUGUCUGACUAGCUUUCUGUCUGGCUUCGUCAUUUUUACCGUGCUGGGCUACAUGGCUGAGAUGAGGAAUCAAGAUGUGGAUGCUGUGGCCAAGGAUGCUGGUCCCAGCCUGCUGUUCAUCAUUUAUGCAGAAGCCAUAGCAAAUAUGCCUGCUGCUACUUUCUUUUCCAUCAUCUUCUUCCUCAUGAUCAUUAUGCUGGGUCUGGACAGCACGUUUGCCGGCUUGGAAGGGGUGAUCACAGCAAUGCUAGAUGAGUUUCCUCAUGCCCUGGUUAAGAGACGAGAGUGGUUUGUCUUCGGCCUGGUGGUGGUCUGCUACCUCGGGGCUCUCUCCACACUCACAUAUGGAGGGGCGUUUGUGGUGAAGCUGUUUGAGGAGUACGCUACAGGCCCUGCAGUCAUCACAGUGGUCCUGCUCGAAGUCAUUGCUGUUUCCUGGUUCUACGGCACCAACCGUUUCUGCGAUGAUAUCCAGGCCAUGCUUGGUUUCUACCCGGGCUCUUUCUGGAGGGUCUGCUGGGUGGCCAUCUGCCCCUGCUUUCUGCUGUUCAUCAUCAUCAGUUUCCUGGCCUUCCCUCCAGAGGUCAGGUUGUUCGACUACCACUACCCGCCAUGGACCACAGUCCUGGGCUACUGCAUCGGUGUGUCCUCAUUCAUCUGUGUGCCUGCUUACAUGGUCUACCACUUGCUUAAUGCCAAGGGUACAUUCAAACAGCGCCUGUUAAAGAGUAUCACUCCAGAGCCCAGCAGUGAGCAGCACAGAGACUUCAUUGUCACCAACGCAGUCUGACCAAACCCUGACCAAAAGAAGGUGCCACUCUAGCUACAUAGAGCGCCCUCUUCUGGACAAACUGCAAAACUACAGGACAAGGGGGCUACCUUUCACCGUCUUUGCCUCUUUUCAUACAUUUCCUACACUUGUUUUUUUGCUGCCUCACACCAACAUAUAGAAAACAAGAUGGAGUUAGGUGGAGCCAAGCUGCAGUAGCUUUUGUUUUGCUUGAUUUAGUUUGGUCCCUCAUGCUGGGGGGGUCUCUGGUGUUACUUGCAAACCCAGAGCUUAGUUUCCGUAUCUUCAGCAUCAAUGUCUUCGCUCACUCACAAGUGUCACCUAAGUACUUUAGUGACCGACCUUUCUUCAGGUUAUACAGCUGUAACAAUUAUUUUAUACAAUUAUAUAACAAAAACUGACAAUAUGACACAAUCUAUGUUCAUGUAGACAAUACAUUGGAUAUACUGCACACAUUGAUAUCAGUGGCAGAAGGCCAGAUAGUUACAUUUCCAUCCUCUUUAUGGUUGUAUUGUCAUAUUAUGCUGUUAAGUUAUGCAUUCUUAUAUGUAGCAAAAUUCAGGUAUCUUUUUACAUCUGUUACUGAAGCCAAAUAUAUGAUACCUGUUCUUUUCGUAUUUCUAAAGAUGUUUCAAUAUUGUCGUUUAGGUUGUGUAGCCUGUGUUUAUUUGGUGGCAUCUUGGACGAACGACGGAUGUGCAACGAGUUCUCUACAAUGUGAAGCACUGUCUGGUAGUGAUGUGUGUGUGUGUGUGUGUGUGUGUGUGUGUGUGUGUGUGUGUGUGUGUGUGUGUGUGUAAGAAAGACUGUUAUAAUGUCUUGUGGAAAAAUGGAUCACAGACAGAACCAACCAAGUGUAUUAAUUCUUUAACUGCAAUAUAAGAUGUGUAUUUAUUUCAUGAUGUAUCAUUGCUGUCCUUUUGACCUCCCACACAUCAGUAUGACAAACCAUGACAUGACAUAGUGCUGAUGGCCCUUGUUUAAUCACAGCGACACUCUGCACUCUGUUGUUUUGCUGCAUAACUGUCAGUAAUAGAAACCAAAUAUGGAUCAGAGCUAAUAACAUCAUCAGUGGCAUAGUCUGAAAAUCUGCAUUUCUGCUCUUUACUUUUGACCAAAAAUGUGGGUGUUUGUGUGUGUGUGUGUGUGUGUGUGUAUGUUUGUGGGAGUGUAUGUAUCUUGUGUGUAUGUAGGAGGAGGAGUUAAAAUAUGGCGAGUACUGUACAUCAUGUGUAUUUACUAGUCAGUCUGGUAUUGGUGUAAUCAAUCCUGUGAAUACCUGUCUACACUCUCUCUAUGAACGUGUGAACGUGUGUGUGUUUAGUUCUUGUGUGGGCUUGAGUGUUGUGUGCGUGCAUGCAUGUGUGUGCGUGUGUGUGUGUGCACUUUGAUUAUGUAUGUUGGUGCAUGUGUGGGUGGUUGUGCAAAAAAGGAUUAGAGGUGUUCAGACCUUUUAUGUGUGCAUGCUGUGAUGUGUGUGUGUACUGUACUUCAAGUGUGUGUGUGUGUGUGUGUGUGUGUGUGUGUGUGUGUGUGCGUGCGUAUGUGUGUAAUGUAAUCCCCCAUUGUCUUGUUAACUGCCAAAAUAUCUUAUGAAGGAAGUAAACUCCCUCUUGCCUGUCACUCUCUCUCUUGUACCUCUCAAGCUUAAGUAAGAUCUAUGUAUGUCAAUAAAAGACUGUAUGGAGAAAUACACCUGUAUAGAAUAAAGCUAUAUAAAUAUAUGGGAAAUAACAGAUAAUAAAGAUAUAUGGAAAUACAUAA